UAAACGGAAGCAAAAAUGGAAGCAAAGAACAACACCAAGCUAAAAAUUUUGAUGCUUCCAUGGUUGUCCCAUGGACACAUCUCCUCCUUCCUAGAACUCUCCAGAAAACUUUCUCAAAAAAACUUCCAUAUCUAUCUAUGUUCAACUCCUAUCAACCUUAAAUUCAUCGAAAAAACCAUAAAAAAUAACAUCUCUCUCUCAAUCGAAUUAAUAGAGUUUCAUCUCCUUCCUCAUCCAGAUCUCCCUCCCCAUCUCCACACAACCAACAAUCUUCCUCUCCACCUUAAACCCACCUUAAAAAAUGCUAUGCAUAAAUCCAGUUCCAUCUUUUCCGACAUCCUUAAAAAAAUCAAACCAGAUUUUCUCAUAUAUGAUUAUAACCAACCAUGGGCUGCCGUCGCCGCUUCUUCGAUCGGAAUCCCAUCUGUUUUGUUCCUCACAUCUUGUGCCGCUAUCAUGGCUUUUGGAUCUCAUAUGGGUAGAGACCCUAAUGUUGAGUUUCCUUUUCCGGCGAUCGGUAUACGAGGUAGUUAUUGGAGGAAGAAGUUUCUAGAAAUGGCGGUUUUGCGGCGGCGGUCGGAAGGAAAUGAUUUGGAUGAUGAUAGUGUGAAAGAAAUUGAGAAGAAGGAGGAAUUGAUUAGAAGAUCUUAUAAUAUAACUUUGUUGAAGACUUUUCGUGAGAUUGAAGGGAAAUACAUUGAUUAUGCAUCGAAUCUAAGUGAGAUGAGAUUUAUUUCGACUGGUCCGCUGAUUAAAGAGCCGGAGAAUCUAGAUGGCGGGGACGGGAACAGCGACCAUCCAAUCAUCAAGUGGUUAGACACUAAAGGUAAGUCAUCCACGGUGUUUGUAUCAUUCGGAUCAGAGUACUAUCUCUCAAAAGAGGAGAAGGAGGAGAUAGCCCAUGGAUUAGAGUUAAGUAUGACCAAUUUCAUAUGGGUAUUGAAAUCCUCAUCUUUAGAAUCCCUCCUCCCUGAAGGGUUUCUUGAGCGAGUAGGAGAAAGGGGAAUGGUGGUAAAUGGAUGGGCGGCGCAAGCAAGGAUAUUGUCUCAUCCGAGCAUCGGGGCAUUCAUUAGUCAUUGUGGGUGGGGAUCGACAAUGGAAGCUAUGGGUCUUGGCGUGCCCAUAGUAGCCAUACCGAUGCAUCUUGAUCAACCCUUCAACGCUCAAGUGGCUGUUGAGGUUGGACUUGGUUUAGAAGUGAAAAGAGAUGAGAAUGGAAUGUUGAGUAGAGAAGAGAUAAGUGAAGUGAUUAGAGAAAUUGUGGUGGAAAAGAAAGGUGAGAAAAUAAGAGAUAAGGCAAAACAAGUUAAGGAAAUGAUACAAAAGAAAGGAGAUGAAGAUGUUGAUAUUGUUGUGGAAGAGUUACUUAAGCUUCUUAACCACAAAGUAAUUUUAGCUAGUUAGGGUUUCUUUACCUCUACUUCUACUUAUUUCAUAUCAUCAUCCUUAAUAACUUAUCAAUCUUUGAAGAUCUUUAUUUUAGUCUUAGAUGAUAUGGAAUUAUGAUUUGAAAU